AUGACUCUCAAUAAAUCAUGCAAGUUAAGGAAACGCAUUUACAAAUGGCCCCACAAGGUUAAGCAGGUCGCCAGGGACCUGCACCACCGCAUCGUCGGUCCGCGAACCAAAGACAUCCCAUUAAAUGACCUCUUCGACGCGAAUAUCCGAUGGCCACUCCCCGAAACGAAAAAUCUUCCGCUGUGGAAGCGACAUGGACGACCGGAGAUGCCACCAAUUAUUAUCCCGGAAGAGUGGAAUCGACGACCUUCAAGCAACAUGCGUGUGAGUAAUACUUUGCUAUAUCUGGGCUCACAUGCAUGGACUAUCUCUAACUGA